AUGAAGCGCAUUUCUAUAAUUCUCCUUCUUCUCUCUACUCUCUCAUAUAGCGUCUCGGCAUUUCUCACCGACAAUCACAUCGAGCCCAAAUAUUUCAGCUAUGCCGACGGAGCGAGAGUUGACGUUGAGAAGCAUCUCGCUGAAAUGAAGAAGCUGAUUCUGGAGAAUCGAAGAGCCAGCUUCAGCGCAAUGUUCCGCGUGAAUCCGCAACUCGCAUUUCCAGCAGCCAUAACACCCGACGAGUUCUUCGAUUAUGCUCAGCAAGACCAAGUGUUUCGUGAUAAUUUGCAGAUUCAACUGAUAUCUCGUCAGAUAAAUCUGGGAAAUGGCCGAUACUCGUUCGUCUAUAAAACGCGAUUCUGCGAACUCGUCAAUGGGCAUCCUAUCAAUCAAGUAUACCAAAGAAAUGCCCAAAUUUCGAAUAAAAUUGACAGCCCCAGUGGAUUUGCUUUCGAUUCCCUAUGA